AUGAAUCAGGUGAUUCUGAAAGGCCGCAAAAGGAGGAUCUCAAGUGCGCAUGAAUCCUGGGUGGACGAGCUUCCCAGCAUCUUGUGGGCAAUGCGAACGACUCCCAAAACCGCCUCGAGGGAGUCUCCGUUCAGCCUAGCGUUCGGGACCAAAGUGGUCCUUCCGCCCGAGAUGAUGUUCUCGACCCUACACACCUCCAAUUACGAACAAGGAGACUCCGAGAAGGGCCUCCGAGCAAACUUAGAUCUCCUCGAGGAAAGGAGAGCCAAAGCACAUCUACACACCUUGGCAUACAAGAAAGCAAUAGUUCGGGACGAGAGGAUGAGCCAUCAUAUGCGAAUGGCUAUACCCCCGGUGGCGGGGCUCAGCUUUGCUUCGACCAUCCACUCCUCGAUCAUCUCCUUAAUUGCUUGA